AUGGCAGAGAACUCGACGAUCGGCGGCGGUGAUACGAGCGCGCGUGACGGCGAGUUUGGUAGCAACAAAAUACGGUGCGUACCGGCGAUGAUACUCGGCGGCGUAAAGGCGGACGACCGUUGGCUACUGUGUGAGGUUCUGCAGCUUAAACAAUACAAUCGUGAGCUGUAUCACUGCAGAAGCACACAGAGGAUACGGGGUUUUACGGCGAAGUCGUGGGGACAAUCCGUUGCUACAUGGGGAUCUGCAGCUUUAGCAAUACAGUCGUGA